UCCACCAAUGGAGACGAAACGCGGUUUGAAUCUACUUUCAGUUUGAGAAAAACAUAAACAAAACGAUAUUUUCGAUGGGCGAAUAGCAGUUUCAUACGUUAUUGCGUGCUUUAUUUCCUAUCAGACAUGAUAAAUCAUUAGAUUUCUUUGGUCUGUUUGCUUAAAUGAAGGACUCUUUUAAGAUCGUUUCCUAAAUUUACUUGGACAGACUGAAAUUUAAAUUGGCCUUCUAUUUUUAAAAAUGAGCAGGUCCGGGCACGAUCUGUCAUUUACCAAAAGCAUAAACAGUUCUUCACAUGGUGCAAAUACAUCAGUGAGGAUAGAAGUUACUCACGGAGGUUCAGAGAGAAGAAAUGUUUCAAAUAGAAUGAAUACAUCAGAAACUGUUCCUCCACAUUUGCUUAUGCAGAAUGUUAGAGACAUAAGAAAAAGACUGAUGGAAACUGAAAAGACGUUAAACAAAAUAUCCAAGGCAGAGGCUAAACUUGAAACAGACGACAUAGAUGAUCUUAUAUCAGUAACAUCAGUGGAUUCAAGGAGAAGGGGUCAGACAUCUGGUGCAGAAUUUCAUGAUAAUCCAGAAGAUGACAGAGAAAGCAUUCAGUCAGGGUUGGCAACUCUACCAGACUCCUCAUAUGCGGGUUUUGAGAGAGUUCAGCCCCCUAGUAGCACACCUAAUAGACCAGCAACUAAGAGUCGUUUAACUGGUUUACUAGAGAUGAUCGAGUCAAGAGAAGAGUCGGACUCGUCACCUCGGUCAGAACGUAAACAUAGUGACAUGGAUGAUGAAAGGCAAGAUCAUCGGGCUAAGAUUCGGUUUUUGAAAGAGGCCAAUAAGAAAGUUCUAAUACAAAAUCAGAAGUUGAUGAAUGAGGUAGAGAAAACAUCUUUUGAACUUCAGUCUUCAAGGGCAAAGGUGAGAGAAUUAAGUUAUGAGUUGGACGAGUUCCGGCAAUCGGUACCUGACCUUGAGGAUAAAAUACUUGGGCUACAGGCGGAGACAGAAUCUCAGGAUAAAGCUCUCAGGGAAGCAGAAGAGCGAUAUGAAACUAGUCAACGUGAGAUGUUACAGUCAGAACGCAAGUAUAAACAGUCACAACUAGACGCUGACGAGGCUAGAGCAGAGUUGUACGAGGAGAGGAAAAUGAGGAGAAGUUUGGAGACACAAAGAGAUGAUGCAAUGCAGAACUUCAUGGAAGCUCAAGAUUCUUUAGAGCAAUACCAGAAGAAAACUAAUGACAGAUUGAAAAAGUAUGAGGAGAAUGAGGAUCGCCUACGGGACAGUUUAACACAUGCUAACAGAGAACGUGAAGAACUUAUAGAAAGGCUUUCAUACUUCCAGAACAAAGUUAAAUCUCAGCAGGAAGAUAUCAGACAUCUGCAGUCAGUUCAGGAAGUAGAAGAGGAGACUAAAACUGACAUAGAGGAACAGAACAAUGAUCUUAGAACACAGAUAUCCAAACUCUCUCAGAAAAUUUCACGAUUAGAGGGAGAUUCCGAGUUACUGGAGAGUUUACAGUUUGAGAACGGUCAGCUACGUAACGAGGUUGACCGCCAGCAACAACAGUUGGCACAGUGCCAGCAGGAGAUCGAGGAAAGUCGUACAAUGUUGACCCAGUUAGAACAGCUUGCGCAGCAAGUACAACAGAGCUAUGGCAGUAGACCACCUAGUCGCAACAAUAGUUUUAGUGUAAAUGACAGCGGUAACUUCAGUCUUAGACAAGGGGCUGACAUGUCAUCAGGGGCUUCAUUCCAGAAAUCUACUACAGGUGCUGAAUCUAGCACAGCGUCGGCAAAAAGUAUAUUAUCUGAUCUCAGAUUAAAGUUGGCAAUGAAAGAUGCCGAAAUUCAGCGAUUACAAGCCAGUCUACAGGAGAGACAAGCUGAUGACCAGUCUAGUCUGAUAGAAAAUCUACGCACUGAUCUACAAAAUAUGAUUGAGAAAAAUCAGAGAACUGCUGAACAAUCACAAGAGCUAGAUUCUAUGAUGAACAAAUUGACAUUAGAGAGAGAUAGGUUGUUGUCUCAAGUGAAGGAGUUACGACGUGAGAUGGCGGACCGGGACUCGGAGAACUCGUCAUUUGAGCUGCGUAUCAAUCAGCGGAACUCGCAACUUGUUGAACUGCAGGAACAGAUCAACGAGAAAGCGAUUGAAGUCACUAAACUUGAUAGAAAGAAUCGGGAUAAAAAUAGUCGAAUAUCCAGCCUAGAAGAACAGUUAAAUGAGAAGACGUCUCAAUGCACACAUCAAGCUUCUAGAAUCAAGCACCUAGAGGAGGAGAUCACCACGAGGGAGAGUGAGGCUCAGGCCCUCCACCGAGAGCUGAGGGAGAAACAGGGCGGGGCAGAUGUAGCCCUCGAGGAGAGGGAGAGGAUACAGAAAAUACAUAGGGAACAGUGUCAGGACUACCAGAAACAAAUUGAUAUUUUACAAGAGAGGGUGGAGAAUAAAGCAAGCCAAGCCUUAGAGUGGGAGAAGCAGACAGACAUAUUACGGCGGGAAAUUUCGGAUAAAAAUCACUACUUACAUGAGACUGAACAACAGCUGGCCAGAACUAAAAGUGAUCUCAAAGAUAAGACUGAUCAAAUUCGAGAGGUUUUACACCAGUUGGACACACAGUCGAAAGAAAGUACAGAGCGUAUUAAACAACUUGAGUCAACAUUAAACAUGUGUAAAAAGGAGAUAAAGACAUAUAUAGGAGCUUUAGAGGAGUCGAAAGAAUUUUAUGACAGGGAGAUCAAAGAAAGGGAUGAUAAGAUAAACCAUUUGAAUAAAGAGAAUCAGGUGAAAGGUCACGAGUUGGAGGUGAGAAGUCAAGAAUGUGAGCAGUUAGAGAAAAGCGUCAUGGAGGCACAGAGCAUGUUACAACAGAGCACAUCACGCAUACACGAACUUGAGGAGCUGCAGGCACAGUCACAGGAACAGGUAUGUAAUUUGGAGCACCAGCUUCUGACAGGAAACACCCAGUGGAUGAGGGAUCAACAAACCAUGGAAACCAAGUUGAAACAAGCAUGUGAAGACCUAGAACAGAAAACUACCCAACUAAAAGAUCUCACAAAAACACUGAAACAUGUCGAGGAUGAGCGACGUCAAAUGUCUACGGAAAUAGAACUGCUAGAAUCACAGUUAAACGAUGAGCAAGAUGGCCAUGACAUGAAGACUGAACGAAUCUCCAAACUGGAGAAGGAUCUCCGAGAUAUGAGGGUACAAUUAGAACAGAAGAUCGAACUAGUGACAGACUUUGAAGACCAGCUUCAUCAGAAGAAUUCCGACAUGGAGCAACAGUUACAGCUUGUCUCUGACCUUGACAUUGAAAUCAAACGGUUACAGGAUAUGCACCAAGAGUCGUUAGAGAGGAUAUCAGAUUUCGAGAAACAAUUAGAUCGUGCCGGGUACGAGGCGAAGGCCAGAGAAGAAAUGAUGGAGGAUAUGAAAGAUUCUCUAGCGGCUGUACAAGAAGAGCUGAGCAUUAAGAAAAGUGAAGUAGAGAAUCUAAGAGAAUUAUUAGAACAGAGACAAGGGGAGCUUGAAGAGAGAGUUGCUCUAGUUAAUCAACUUGACCAGACAAUCAAGGAACAACAUCAGGAGAUGGAACAUCGUAUACAAAAACUGGAUUCUAAUGUUAGAAAACAGGAAAUAGAAGUUCAGGAAAGAACCAAACAGAUAACUGACUUAGACGACAAAUUACAACAAACACAGUCUCAGCUGAGAGAGAAAAUGUUACAACAUCAACAGUCAGAACAACUCUGUCAGAAACAACAGAUUGAUCUCAAUUCUAAGACAGCAAAACUACAAGAACUUGAAACUCUUGUGGAAAGACAGAAGAUGAAGUUAGAGGAACAGAAAAAUGAAAAUGUUGAUAUUACUCAAGAGCUAAGACUUACCAGAGAGCAGCUUCAACAGCAACAUUCAGAUUUUAUGUCCACAAGAAGAGAACUUGCACAUUCUAAUAGAGAACAUGAGAAACUUACAAGAGAAUUAGAGGAGUUAAGAUCUAUACUAGAGUCUCAGGAAGAUGAUGCUGCAAGGUUAGCUGAAGAAUUGGGAGCAGCCAAGGUGAAAGAGAAAGAUGCAGAAUCUCGUAAAGAACGUGAAUUACAUAAACUCUCCGAGGAACAUGAUGAUCUCCAGAUGAAAUUCCAGUCAGAACUUGGUGCUCUUAGAGAGGAGAUUGCAGACUACAGAGAAGCUAAUGAUAUUCUAAAGGCACAGUUAAAAGAAAAAUCCAAGCAGCUGAAUGAAAUGGAGCAGCAUUAUGCUGAUCAGGUUCACAUAGCUGCUCAGGAGCUUGAUAAUAUAAAUGAGGAAGUGGAGGCUAGGAAGCUUCAGAUGGAUGCUUCAAAUGAACAAAUUAUAUUAAAGGAUUCUGAGAUAGCUCGUUUACAAGCAAAAAUAUCUGGACUAGAGAGAACAUUAGCCGCUAUGAGAUUAUCAGACAGUAGUUUUAACAUGACUGCAUCUGGGAGUAGAGACUCUGAUAUAGGGACAAAAGGACAGAGUGUUCUAAAACCAGGCCGACCCAGUAAUGCUAGAAAUAAAGAAAUCAUUCUAACGGACGUGUCAGUGACUUUACCAAACACUGAAUUAAUGGCUCAGAAUGUUGAAUUCGGACAAGAAGUGGAAAUUCAGUAUGUUAGCAAAGGUGAUACUAAUAACAAUAGUGCUGGUAGAAAUAGACUAGAACCUGACCAGGAAAAUAUUGAACCAUCGGGACCAGUCAGGGUGCUUAAUUUUAGUGAAAACGAUGAAAAAGGUGGUCAGAAUUCUGGAAUACAUAGACCUAAACCAGUCUUGCCAAAUGGUGCUUACAAAAAGUCCAAGGAUGCCAUUUUAGAGGGGACAUCUAAAGAAUCAAGUGGGGACGGAAAGCAACAAAAACAGAGUGCAUUUGCUAGAGUAGUCAAAGAUAAGAAAGUUAGUAGAGAUGAAAAGACAUUCCCAGGAGAAAAAGAUUUAGAGCCAAUCACUGCAAUGAGACUGUAUAACCCUGAUAACUUUGAUGUCACCGAUACUGACCCUGAACAAUGUAUGAGAGAGUUACACGAGAGAUUGAGAGCUAACGAGCUACGCCAAAAAGACAUAGAUAGACAACUGCAGCAUUUAGAAGAUGAAGAUGUAGAUACGUGAUUCUAGUGGAACUAGUUCUGUAUAAAAAUUGAGCCCCGUCAUGACAAAACCAACAUAAUUGGUUUGCGACCAGCAUGGAUCCAGACCAGCCUGCGCAUCCGCGCAGUCUGAUCAGGAUCCAUGCUGUUUGCUAUCAGUUUCUCUACUUGUUAUAGAGUUAGUAAGCGAAAACAUGGGUCUGGAUCCAUGCUGGUGGCAAACCCACUAUGUUGGUUUUGUCGUGACGCGGCUCAAAUUAGUUGUUCUCUCAGUGCAAGGCAUUAACAACUUCUAAUAUAAAGUAAAGAAGUUCUAAUAUAAUAUGACACUGUUGCAACGUUUUGUAGUUUUAUACAAACUAGUAUUGUUUAGACAAUACAUUAGUAUUGUCUUGAGGUGACAGUUUAUAGUUUAAUUACUUCAGAUUACUGAUGUUGAACUUUGUAUAAGGUAGUAUUACUCUUGUAGUUACAAGUUUCACGUUUUGGAAUAAACUUGUUGAUCUAGAGAUAUGAAAAAAUUUAAAGGCAUUUUUCUUU